GGCGGAGCCCGGCGGAAAGAUGGCGUCUUUACGCUGCAAGAGAGAUCCCUGUGGCGUUAUCUGCUUGAUUUUAACGUAUUUCAGCGUGUUCUACGCGGACUACGUGGUCAUACAGUACGUGCUCAUCCCCGCCUACGCUGACAGCGUGUGGGGGACUCUGCACGGAUCCCUGUUCAACCUGGUGCUGCUGCUGCUGCUGGCCUGCCACUCCAAAGCCGUCUUCUCGGAUCCCGGCAUGGUGCCCCUCCCAGACACGGCUCUGGACUUCUCAGACCUGCGCUCUCAGUCGUCUCGGAUGAACGAGCGGGGCUGUGAGGGCUGGACGGUGUGCAGCCGCUGUGAGACCUACAGACCUCCCAGAGCGCAUCACUGCAGGGUCUGCCAGAGGUGCAUACGCCGCAUGGACCAUCACUGCCCCUGGAUCAAUAACUGCGUUGGGGAGUUGAACCAGAAGUAUUUCAUCCAGUUUCUCUUCUACACAGGCGUGGCCAGCCUGUACUCCAUGCUGCUGGUGGUGUGGGCGUGGGUGUGGAGGAUACGCAACGAGAGGCAAGGCGACGCGGACAAGGAAGGGGAGGAGUCACCGAGCAAACACCUGAUAGUCGCGCAUUACAUCAUCCUGCUGGUGGAGUCGGUGCUGUUCGGCGUCUUCGUCAUGGUCAUCUUCUACGACCAGCUGGUCUCCAUCAUCACGGACGAAACGCCCAUCGAGCAGAUGAAGAACAGGCUGAUGAUCAAAGACAGGAGCGCCUCCUUCUCCUCCUCCUCCUCUUCCUCCUCGCUACCCUCGCAGCAGCCGCCCCAUCACCUCCCGCACGCCACCCGGAAGCCCAAGAUGGCGCUGCUGAGGGAGGUCUUCGGUAGAGGUUCGGUCUUCUGCUGGCUGCUCCCGCUCCACUCCAGCCUGCCGUCGGUCGGGGGGAUCUCCUACUCCGCCCUGCCUGACUACGACGUCUGAUUCCCCGCGCCGGGAGCCGAGGAGGGAACGUCUGCGUGUGAAGGACUGACUUUACUGCCUAAAAACGUCGUCUCCUCUGUAAACUGAGGUGAAACCGAGGGACGGUUGAGUGGAGCGAGUUAACAUGAUGAAUGAAUGAAUGAAUGAGUGAGUCCUAACGAUCUUACCCUGUAGGACCUAAAGAAGCAGCUCGGCUUCACACUGAGAUCCUUUCCACCGAUCUGAACUCCUACGACCAGCAGUCCUCCAACCCUUUUUGUAUAUUUAUUUAUCCAGAUGCACUGUGGGCACGCAGGGACGCUCAGCCUCCCGUCCAGAACGUGAAGGGCCGAUGCCGCACACACACGUGCCCUUCUGGUGGUUUAGACGCUCUGGAUGAUUGUUCUGCAGCGCAACAAGCCGACAUCUUUCAGCUUCAGGUUCAAUUUUCGUAAACAAAUAUCGGCGACCACCAACUUUAAAUGCUCAACGCUCCAGGUAAAGGGUUAUUGUUUACGCUCUCUAAGCCCUCACGUCUUGACAGAUGACUCCUUUCUACUCUGGUUUGGACGACACCGUCAGCCUGAUGGAGGCAGAGAAACCUUUCAGUUUCAUAUUUCAGUCCUCUGCCUCCUGAUCAUUGCAGCUCCAGCUUCUAAACCGCUGAGAAGUUAACCAGGUUUGGCUUCUUGUUUCAGUUUCCUUCUAAAUUCGUCUCUGCAGCGCCCUCUGCUGUCCAAAGUUAUUUUUCCCCCCAGAUUUGUUUAAAAAUAUUUUUGUUUUAGAUUUUACAAACCAAAAGCUUAUCGAACUUCUAUAAACUAUAAGACGAAUGUGUGUCUAAAAAAUCUUACACAUAAAUAUCAGUAAAAUGUGUAGUUUUUA